AUGGAAAUAGAAAAUACUAAUCAAAUUGACACUCGCUGGUAAGAGCACCAGAACUUCUUUGGACAAUAUUUAGCAAACUCCACUAAUACAGAUGCCAUUAAUAGAAUGUUAACCAAUAAUGAGACACGUUUAGUGAUCAAUUUAGAUGAUAUUCGUUAGAAUCACAACCCUUAAAUAGCUGAUGAUAUCAUUAGUUACCCUUAAAAGGCAAUCUCUGCCCUUAGAGGAACUCUCAAUAAAAUUAUCGAUAAUAUUGACCAUGACGGGCUUGUGAAAAAGAAAAAGAUGUAAGAUAUCACUGAAAAAGUUAAAGUUUAUCAAAUUGCUUUUAAUGGAAAUAUGGGUAGAAACCAUGUAACUCCUAGAGGUUUGAACUGUUCACUCAUAAAUAAAUUAGUUUGCAUCGAUGGUAUUGUAACUAGAAUGUCAGUCAAUAGAUCAAAGUUAAUUAGAAGUGUCCAUUAUUGUGAAGAAAUAUUGCAAGGUGGUCCUAUUAAAGAUUACGAAGAUGUUUAUGAUUUAGGUGCCACAACAUCUCUUAAUCCAAAUAAUACAAUUCCCAAAAGUCAUGAACAACAUCCCUUAAGCUUAGAGUAUGGCUAUUCUAAAUUCAAAGACUUCUAGACUAUUAUUGUUUAGGAACUUCCUGAAAAUGCCCCUAAUGGUUUAUUACCUCGUAGCAUUGAUGUUGUGCUUGAAGAAGAUUUAGUUGGAUCAGUUAAACCUGGAGAUAGAGUUAGAAUUUAUGGUGUUUAUAAAUGCAUUAAAAGUGAAUAAACCAAAUCAACUGGUAUUAUGAGAAGUGUCUUAGUUUGCACAAGCAUUGGCUAACUUUCAUAAGAAAAUGAUGAUGUUUAAUUGACAACUGAAGAUCUUUAAUAUAUUAAGAAAAUCUCAAAGAGAAAAGAUCUCGUUGAUAUUUUUGUUAACUCAAUUGCUCCUUCUAUUUAUGGACACCAAUAAAUCAAAAAGGCAUUGUUGCUCUAAUUACUUGGUGGUACUGAAAAAACUGUUGGACAAGGUACUCACUUAAGAGGUGAUAUAAAUAUCAUGAUGAUUGGUGAUCCUUCAACUGCAAAAUCCCAAGUUCUUCGUUACAUGCUUGCUACUGCCCCAUUAGCUUUAAACACUACUGGUCGUGGUUCUUCAGGUGUUGGUCUUACUGCUGCUGUUAAAACCGAUAGAGAAACAGGCGAAAGACAUUUGGAAGCUGGUGCAAUGGUGUUAGCUGAUAAGGGUGUUGUCUGUAUUGAUGAAUUUGAUAAGAUGAGUGAAGAAGAUAGAGUUGCUAUCCACGAAGUUAUGGAAUAAUAAACUGUUACUAUUGCAAAAGCAGGUAUUCACUGCAGUUUAAAUGCUCGUUGUUCUGUCCUUGCUGCUGCUAAUCCCAUUUACGGAGAAUAUCAUAGAGACUAGACUCCCACUAAGAAUAUUGGUUUACCUGAUUCUCUUCUUUCUCGUUUUGAUUUGUUAUUCAUCGUCCUUGAUGAAAAGGAUCCCGAUAUUGAUCGUCUUAUUGCUGAACGUGUUACUCGUAACCAUCGUUAUCGUCCCGAAAACUACGAAAUUAUAAACUAGCUAUCCCAAUUCUAAGGUGACGAAAAUGAUGAAUACAUAAUAGAACCCACUGUAGCAGGAGACGCCAACGAAAACAAAGCUAUCUUUGAAAAAUAUAACAAAGUUUUACAUGGAGAUAAAAAGAAAGAAAUAUUAAACUAAAAUUUCUUAAAAAAAUACAUUGCUUAUGCCAAAAAGACAUUUAACUCUCCCAAAUUAUCUGAUGAGUCCAUCGAAUAUAUUAACUUGUAUUACAAUUAAUUGAGAUAAAAGAACUUCUAGGAUUCUACUACUAACGGUGGUGUUAAGGUUCUUCCAGUAACAACAAGAACUCUUGAAACUGUUAUCAGAUUGGCAACUGCAUCUGCUAAACUUCGUUUAUCUAAAAAUAUUGAAAUUUCUGAUUGCAGACUUGCUACUUCUCUUCUUAACUAUGCUCUUUUCAAUAAAGAAGAUGCAAUUAGACCUGAGGAAGAAGAAUUUUAUGAAGAAGACGAAGAUUACAAAUAAGAUAGAAGACAAAAUGGCAAUAAAAAGGAAACCUAACCAAAAUCAGUUAAAAAGUAGACUAACACAACUGUUCAACCUCCAGUCCAGGUCACUGAAAACAAAAGAGAAAGCAGAAGUGCUUCUAAAGCUAUUGCUGCUGAAUAACAAGCAUAAAAAUCUACUACCCCCUUAAAGGAAAAACAAGAUAAAAGAGAAAUCAAAAAUCAAAUGAAGAAAAUAAGAAUCGAUGACGAUGAUGAUGUUGAUAAGGUUUUCAGCUAAUAAAUAAUUGCUUCAAUUAAAAUUACUGAUGAAUAGAAAAAGGCUAUCUUCAAAAUAGUAUCUAAGCUUGCUAAGGAUAAAAGUAUUACCAAGGAUCAAUUAUGGAAACACAUUUAAGGUAAUUAAGACUUGUCUAAGAUUAUUACCAGUUCGCCUAUUUUAGACAGAGCCAUUAUAGAAUUACAAGAUGAUGAAAAGAUUUUCUACGAUGCAUCUAAAUAAGAAAUCUACCCUUAUUGA